GCUUUUGCAUAUAUAUCCCCAAUCAGGAAAUGAGUUUGAGAUGCAGAUCUCUGCUGAUCGCUCUUCUAAUCGCCAUUUUUGCAGCUUUGAUGUCGACGAAUUAUUUGAUCACUGCAAAGCACUCUUCAUUGCUCGGUUACUACCUCGGCGCAGAUCUAAGCCUAGCGGCGUUCGUUGCAAGCAAAAUCCACGGCCACGGCCACGGCCAUCGCCAUCACCGCCAUGAUCAUCGUCGCGAUCACGACAGGGACGACAAAGGAUCUAUCUGCGAUGAUUUCCCGCCUGAUUUUCCCCCUCCGGACACCAACACUACCGCGACUCUCUGCGUUGAUCGCAACGGCUGCUGUAAUUUCACCACUGUUCAAUCAGCGGUUGAUGCAGUCGGAGUUUCCAGCCCGAAGAGAACAGUAAUAUGGAUCAACUCCGGCAUCUACUUUGAGAAAGUCAUUGUUCCAAGAACCAAACCGAACAUCACAUUCCAAGGGCAAGGGUUUCUGACAACCGCAAUUGCUUGGAACGACACCGCCAAUUCUUCGCAUGGAACCUUCUACAGUGGCUCUGUUCAAGUUUUUGCCGCCAAUUUCAUCGCCAAGAACAUUAGUUUCAUGAACGUGGCUCCAAUACCAAACCCUGGGGACGUAGGAGCACAGGCAGUGGCAAUUCGGGUGGCAGGAGACCAAUCUGCAUUCUGGGGGUGUGGUUUCUUUGGAGCCCAAGACACCCUUCAUGACGACAGGGGUCGACACUACUUCAAAGAUUGCUACAUCCAAGGCUCAAUCGACUUCGUUUUUGGCAAUGCCAGGUCCUUCUACGAGAGCUGCCAGUUGACGUCGAUUGCGAGCCCAGUGCCAGUGGGUGCAAGAGUGAUAAACGGAGCCGUUACGGCGCACGGCCGAGCUUCCAGGGAAGAGAACAGCGGCUUCGCAUUUGUGAACUGUACAGUGGGAGGCACGGGCAGAAUAUGGCUGGGGCGAGCAUGGAGACCCUUCUCUAGAGUCGUCUUUGCUUUCACUGCCAUGACCGAUAUCAUCGCGCCUGAGGGCUGGAAUGACUUCAAUGACCCUACCAGAGACCAGACUGUUUUCUAUGGGGAGUACAAUUGUACAGGUACAGGAGCUAACACAAGCUUGAGGGUUCCCUACGCACAGAGACUGAACAAUAGCCAAGCAUCUCCUUUCCUCAAUUUGUCUUUCAUUGAUGCAGAUCAGUGGCUGCAACCUUACCUCUCUACUACUAUGUAUUAGUUACCACACAAAUACACAUUUGUUGAUUGCUUUAAUUUAUAUAUCA